UAAAGUUUCUAAAAGCGAAAGAAAAAGAGGAAAAGAUGGCGUCAAUAUUAUGGCUCCCAGUUAUUGUGUUAACUGCCACGGCAUACUUAUAUGUACUCUCUACAAAUCUUCCUGAAAUGGACUACACAGACAAAAACUGUACUAGUGAGGACCUGAAGUUCCCACGGAAUCUUCAAGAGUUGACCAGUCUAGCUGUCCUUCUUCAGCAAUAUAAAACUGACCACUUACCCUAUGUCCUUGUGCUGUUCUGCAGUGCCUACCUCUACAAACAGUCCUUUGCCAUUCCCGGAUCUGUGUUUAUGAACCUGUUAGCUGGGGCCCUGUUUCCAACUUGGCUUGGCUUCAUCAUUGUUUGUACCCUGACAGCCAGUGGUGCCACCUGUUGUUAUACAUGGUCCAAACUAUGUGGAAAGUCAUACAUAGUCAAAUACUUCCCUCAGAAAGUCAAUUUUCUGCAAGAAAAGGUGAAAGAAAACAUGGACAGUCUUUUUUAUUUUCUGCUGUUCUUGAGGUUUUUCCCGAUGACGCCAAAUUGGUUCCUGAACAUGGCUUCACCUAUUGUAAACAUUCCAGUACAUCUUUUCUUCCUGUCCGUGUUUAUAGGUUUAGUGCCAUAUAAUUUUAUAUGCGUGCAGACAGGAAGUAUGUUGUCUGAUCUCAGGUCUAUUGAGGAUAUAUUCACACCUUGGACAAUGAUCAAGUUAGGAUUUAUUGCCAUAAUGGCACUUGUACCUGGCCUGGUCUCCAAACGAUUGAAGAAGAACAUCAAGACAAAUUGAGAAUACCCAAGUGAAUUUACCAUUUAACACAAUUAUGUAUUGUUAAAUGUUAUAAAUUCAUAAUGUUUGUUUUACAUCGUUGAUAACAACCUCUUAUUUUUAUCAUUGUUGAGUUUGUAGAAAUUGUUUCAGGAAAUUUUUA